AUGGGGCAGAAUGAGGGUCAAUUUGGGGCCCUCACUGGCAGCGCACUCAUUUUUAAUACUGUUGUCGGAAUGGGUAUUUGGGCGCUCCCAAAGAUGAUUUACGAAGCAGGGACAGUAGCAGCGUAUUCAAUUUUGAUCUUCUGCGGUUUCAUUUCUUUCGUCGUCGCUUCUUUCAUCAACGAACUACAAGGGGCAGCAAAUGCAGUCAAGAAAACCAACCUUUCGAAAAGCCCAAAGAAGGUAUUGAAAGAAGACGAGGUCAAUCUCAUUACCCCGGAUGAUGAGGAGCCGGACAGAAUAGACCAAGCCACAAUCUACUCCGUCACCGAGCGUUUUGAACUCACCUCCGCCGUCAAGCUCAUACUCGGCGACUGGCCAGCAAAAAUCAACAACAUCCUCAUUAUCCUCUCCCUUCAAGUCGCAGUAUGCGCAUACAUCGUCACAUUCGCCGAGACGUUUAGAAACCUUUACUGCCGCCCGCUCACUUGUCAAUCUGACAAUUUCACUGAAGAAAUGGAUGACUCUGCGAAAGUCAUGUGUGGCGAGACGGAAUACACCGAGAAAUUUAUUUAUACAAUGGCGGUGAUUAUCAUUCUGGCAGUCACAGCACCUUUUUGCGCAAUGGGUGUGGGGAACAACACAUCCGUUCAAAUGCUCGGAACGAUUUUCCGCUGGAUCACCAUCAUCCUCGUUUUGAUCAUCUCAAUCGCGCGCGUUGGCGACUCUGACGCAAAAUUCUCGUCCUCGCCGACAAAUUGGGUGCGGAUGCCGCUGAUGUUUGGCAUGGCGAAUUCCGCUUUUGGUUGCCACGAAGCGCUACCUUCACUGCUUUUUCCUAUCAAGCAAAAACGCAACAAUGUGAAAAUUCUCGCCGUGACAUUUUUGCUCAUCGGCUUGCUUUUCAUGCUCUUGACGACAACUGCCCUGACAGCUUUUGACGGACCCGAUAUUGCCGAUUUAUACCUUCUCAAUUUUCAGAACGACUGCGAUCUGGUGAAAAGCUCCUUUGUUCGGAUGAUCCUCACAUUUUACCCUAUCAUUCCAGCUGUUACGAAUUUCAUCAUUUUCCACGUCGUUUGCCAGCGCAACUUGGAAGUGAUGCUUCCCUUGCCAAAAGCUCUCUCCAAAUCGUCACUCGUGUACCAGAAGAUCUUUCUGAUGACUCUCUCCAGCAUCACUCCUCUCAUCAUCUCCUUGACAAUCACCAAUGUCGGACUGAUCUUCAGCGUCGGCGGUGCAUUCACGACCAUCUUCAGCUCUUUUUUCUUUCCAACGCUGAUGGUAAUGCGCUCGCGAUCGAUGCUCGCUGACGUCCCCGUUAAAAAUCCACUUGCAAGUCCGAUGCAAAUAUCGCUGAUUCCGGAUCCACAUCCGGACCCGAAUGAGGUUGAAAUCGUUGUCGGAUCGCUGGACGAAGAUCUGGCUCAAGUGAGAAUUUACAAAAGAACAGCUGAUAAUCAACUCAAAAAAGAAUAUAUUCAUGAGCUCGACUCGCCAAUUACCGAUAUCGGAUGGAUUCAACACAACGCGAUGCUAACCGCUCAAGCUAAUGGAAAAAGGAAGAUGUGGCGUGUAAUUGACUCGUACAACAACAGAAUGAGUGAAAUCUACGAGUGGGAAGCUGCUACUUCGAGAAUUGCAGCGCUCUCGGUCUUUGGUUAUGCCUCGAUUGGGCAGGAUGCGUUCGUUACUGCAACAGAGUCUGGAAAUAUUUGCAUUUUCUCGCCUAAUGACAAGACUCCGUUGAGGACUUACAAAGAUGAAUGUGCCGUGAAAACUUGUGAAGCGCUUUCUACCGGACAAAUCUUGGCCGGGAACGAAUUCGGACAGGCUAAGAUCUUCGAUCCUCGAGCAAAUACAGUUGAUCCAGUUUUGAUCUUGGACGUUGGCGAGCCUGCCAUAGCGGUGCUCUCGAUCGCCCAGCAUCCCGGUAGAACGCAUUUGAUCUUGGGUGGAUGUUCUGAUGGAAAUUUGACGCUAUGGGAUGUACGAAAAGGCACUGAUGAGCCUCUAGUCGUUGCUCGGCACGAGGGAGCGAUUCUUGAUACCAAAUUCCAUCCUCAUCAUUCGAUUGCGAUGACAGCAGGCUCUGACUCAAAGAUCCUCUUGCAAAACGGACAGUGGGAGCCAGAACAAAUACAGCAAGCUGAAGCGAGAGACAUGUCCGCAGAAAAUACUCUAGAGGCUAUAAACUCGAUCUCGAUGCAAGGAGACCACUGGGCAGCAGGUGGUGAUGAUGCCAUGUUGAUAAGUGAUAUUUUCCGAUAA